UUAUUAGAAUCAAUACCAUGACUUCUCUAAAGACAAGCGAUGGACCUUGGUUAACAGUGUUAUGGAGCAUGGUUGGACUUGCGCAGGUAAUCUUAGCGCUGGAUUUCUCUGAAGUAACCAGUUCCGUGGGUCUUGGGUUGUCUAGAGGGAGCGUGAGUGCACUGGCAGACUUCAAUGGAGACAGACUCACAGAUAUACUAAUAGUGAAUGAUACAGGAAUCGAACACAGUCUCUAUUUAUGGAAUGGGAACACGAACUCCUUCCAGCACACUCACCUCACACUGGACACCCCCCUGCCCAUCCUGAGAGUGGGUGUGGCUGAUUUCGAUGGAGAUGGUGUUACAGAUAUUGUGUCAUUCAGCAACACAGCCGAUACUGGAGACUGUUGCCUAGCAACUGUUCAUUGGUGUCGUUUACGUAGUGACGGAACAAUUGCAGUCAGUGGUAACCUCACCUUGAAGGAACACCUCACUGGCCAUCCACUGGUACUGGACUACAAUGGAGACCACCUAGCUGACCUGGCUGCUGUGACAAGAGAGGGGGGCUACGUGGUGUGGAUCAGUGAUGGGAUGAGGGAUUUCAGCAGCUCUAUACUUCUCGCUAGUGGAAGGUUCAAGGUUCACAGCAGCUACUUUGUUGACCUGAGCUCAGACUGUGUUCCUGAACUGUUGGUCUUUGUCAGCAAUGGCAAUGACAGAGAAAGUGACAGCACUCAUGGUUUCCUGCUCUUGAAUGGAGACUCCAGAGAGGAGAUGGUAGCCCUCCCCCUUGCACUACACAGCUCAGCUGUGAUUGGUAUUCCCCUCGUGGCUGAUAUGGAUGCUGAUGGACAAAUGGAGGUGGUCUUGUUCAGUUGCUAUGACAAUGAUUGUCUCCACACAGCCGUACAUGUGCUCUUACUGAGGAAGUUUCCUGGAUCUGAUGUGUUGCACUGUCAGGCAGACAAAGACUGGAAACUAGAGUUCAUCUCUGUGGUCACGGUCAACCUGACACAGCUGGGGCCCACUGUACUAGAGGAUAUGAGACCGUCAGUUGGAGAUAUCAACUUGGAUGGCUUCCCUGAUAUCCUUAUACCAGCAGUGAGCAACACCACCAAGUACGUCCUCUCUCAGAGCAACACCACCAGGUCGUACCCGUUGCUAUUACUGGGCGGUAACCAGGACAACAAGCUCCACCCACUACACCUCAAUGAGCCAGGAUUUACCAACACCACUCAAGCUAUGUUCUUUGAUCUCAGUGAAGACGGUAUACCAGACUUGCUGCUGGUGCAGGGUGGUGUGGGCGGUGGUGUGGGCGGUGGUGUGGGCGGUGUGGGAGGGGAGACUAGAGUGACUGCACACAGACAGACACUGGACACUGACCACACCUUCCUUAAAGUACUCAUUCUCAGUAGACACUGUUUCUCCUCCAGUUGUGCUGAUGAGGCGUAUACCUCAGCAUUACCUGGAGGUACGGUGAGCUUCUCAACCACUGACAGAAAGGGACACAAGGAAGUGGGAGUGGCCACUGUUAGGGGAAAUGGAGAUUCCCCUCUUCAACUGCCCUUUGUACUCUUUGGACUAGGGGAAACCCCUAACUUUGUUGAGUCCCUAACGAUAGGAGUGGGAUACAGUCUGCCCCCUAGCAACGUGUCGUCAAGGACAACUAGUUAUAAAGAAUGGUCGCUACUAGUACCUAACUCACAAGUGAUUGUGCUGACUCAUCAUCCCGAUGACUCUACAAGUUGGAAGUUGGAGUUGUAUCUAACACCAAGUCACCUCGUGUACAGUACAGCUGGUGUUCUGGCUGCCAUCGCCAUUGUCCUGGCAACCAUCAUAGCCCUCCUACAAGCUCGAGAACGGUACCAGGACUCAAAAGAGAGAAAACAAGCCAAACACAAAUUCCAUUUCAAUGCCAUGUGACUGCCAUGUGACUGCUUGAACUAAUUAUUAUAUCUUGUUUUUAUCCAAUUUACUGCACAUCUUCAAUCUCAUGCCUUUCAAUAUGUUUAUUCUUUCAAGAGAAUUCAAA